AUGAAAGCCUUCAAGAGCUUCGUCAACAAGCGUCGGCAGAGUUUCCAAAACCGCGGCAAAAAAGAGAAUGAUCCAGCACCGGCACCGGCACCUGCCAACGCCAACGCCAACACCGAGAAUGAGAAGCGCGCAGCCGCUCCGGAAGCCAACGCUGAACAGCAACAAGUAAUGGCUGAAGCCGCACCUGGCACUCUUCAGUUGGCACUGCAGAACAAGUCCAAUUCCAGCACCGUAUAUGCAUACAUUACAGGCCUUGCUCUGGAACGGAACAACACCCCCCUCUUUGUGAAAGCAGACGGCCAGUCCAUCUACUAUCCAACAGCGCCCAAGGAUAUCCAGCAACCACUCCAGGCCGACGUUGCUAUUCCACUUGGGGCUCCUGGCAACACUGUCAACGUCAGGAUCCCAAAGAUCGCCGGCGGUCGUAUCUGGUUCAGCAUUGGUGCAAAGCUUACUUUCCUCCUCAACCCAGGUCCUGCAGUUGUAGAGCCCAGUGUGACCAACCCCAGCGACCCUAACUUCAAUAUCAACUGGUCUUUCUGCGAGUUCACUUACAACGACGCGCAACUGUUCGCAAAUAUUAGCUAUGUCGACUUUGUCAGCAUUCCUGUUGGGCUCAGCUUGACCAACACCCAAGGCAAGACCCAAACAGUGCCAGGCAUGGGUGCCGAUGGCAUGCGGAGAGUCAUAGAAGAGUUGCGUGCGCAAGCCAAGCGCGACGGUCGACCUUGGGAUAAACUGAUCUACGAGCACGACGGACAGCCAUUGCGAGUCCUGAGUCCAAACAACCUUCUCGUCGGAAACGCCGAUGCAUGGGGUAACUACUGGGACGGCUACAUCCAGGCGGUAUGGAACAAGUACCGUAAUGAAGACAUGAUCAUCAACACCCAAGCCGCAGCUGGCAAUCUCAAGGGCCGUGUCCAAGGCAACGAGCUUCAGCUUGGCCAAGCAGGAAACUUUGCUGCUCCUUCAGCUAGGGAUAUCUUUACCUGUAGCACUGGACCAUUCGCGACUGGAUCGAAUCAAGCGCGCAAUGCAGUCAUUCCGCGCCUCGCUGCUGCUUUCAACCGUAGCAUCUUGCUGAAUACACCUGGUGACCAGUUCCCGAAUGGCAGUAACCCAGGCCAGUACUACAAGGACCCAACAACCAACCACUACUCGCGCAUCGUUCAUCAGGUCCAGAAGGACGGUCGUGGCUAUGCAUUCCCGUACGAUGACGUUGUUCCGGAUGGCGGUCAAGAUGUUGCUGGCACAAUCUUCGACGGCAGCCCGAAGCUGUUCACUAUCGCUGUCGGUGGCCAGUGA